AUGAACCAAGCAGAAGAGAAUAAAUAUUCAGAAAUUUUAACUCUUGAUAAAGACAAUGAAGAUAAGGCUAUUGGCUAUAUUCUGGACAAUGAAGAAGCAGCAUUAUUAGCGAUAAAACUCAUCAAUGAGCAGAGUUUUGUUUGUAACUAUAACGCUCAUAUUUUUAAGCUUUUACGAGUUCAUUUAGGUGAUGGCAAACCUUUGAGUGAGAUUUAUGCGACCAUCAAUUCUAUAACUUCGGAUGAUUGGAAAGAGAUCUCACCGAAUCAAGAUGUAGAAAAAAAUAAACAUAUAUCUCAUUGCAGAGCUGUAGCAAUAUCGUUGUUUGGCAGUAGUGCUCUUGCAGAAGGUCUGUUUAAUAAAAUCAAUAAACAGUUUGUAAGGAGGGAAAUGCUUUCCAAAUACACAGAGGCAAAGCAGUCAUUGCUAAACACUGAUGGAAUUGAUGAUAUUUCGCAUGUAGUCCACAACGUUUCUGAAAAAACUAAUGAUAUGCUAGAUAGUAUUGCUACUGGUACAUUUGAUAAAAAUUAUGCAGAUUCUUUACUGGAGACACUUAAUAGGAAAGAGGAAUAUAAAAUUAGUACUGGAUAUAAGAAACUUGAUGAAAUAAUAGAGGGGUUUGGCGCGGGUCAGCUUGUAACAAUAGGGGCAGGAACUGGUAGAGGUAAGAGUGCAUUUGCUGUUAAUUUAGCUUUAAAUAUUAGAGACCAAGAUUAUACAGUUGGUUUAUGGUCUUUUGAGAUGGAUGAACAUGAGGUCAAGGAAAGAAUACUUUCAAACGUAACUGGCAUUGGAAAAAAGGACGAAUACAGACAAGAAGAAAGAUAUAAUUUAGUAAGAAAAUAUGCAGAUAAAAUCUCUUCUGAAAAAGCUGGCAAAGACCCAGAAAUCAGAACAACUAACGACGGCAAAGAAAUUGCUAAUCUUAGUAUAGCUACUACUGAAAGCUGGAAAGAUAAGUCUAGCGGUGAGAAAAAAGAUAAGACCGAGUGGCAUAGAGUAGUGUGUUUUAAUGAAGGCUUAGUGAGAGUAAUUAAGAACUACGUUAAAAAAGGCACAAAACUUUAUCUUGAAGGUCAGCUACAGACUAAAAAGUGGAUAGAUAAAGAUAAUCAGGAAAAAUAUACCACUGAGGUUAUACUAAAAGGCUAUAGUUCAAACUUAGUAUUGCUUGGUUCAAAUAGUAAGGAAGCUUCAUUAGAACAAAAGGAUAAUGGACGCUAUAAGGUAGGUCAGAGUAAACAAUCUACUGAACCUGAUACUGAUAUAGAAGAUGACGAAAUUCCAUUUUGA